AUUUUGAAAUCUAGGGCUAAAAGUUCUUGAUAUAAUUAUUUGCAAUUUGAGUGCGAAAGGAGAAGAUCAAUGCCAUUAAAUAUACUUCGAGGACUCUUCAGAGGCGCAACGCGUCGUGUUAUGACAGGAAAGAUGGGAAACAAGAAUUUUUACAAAGGGCGAGGAGUCAGAAACGCGCGCGAGAGCUCUUGCAGAAAUGCCACUCUCUCUCUUGCGCGCGUGUUUCUUCUGAUCUCGCGAGCUCCUGCCUUAAAAACUACAGCGCUAAGGCGGCCGAAAAAAAAAAACAAAAACAAAAAACAGUACAGUUUUAACAGACUUGCGUAUUUUCUUCCUCACCAGUUAAAACCAUACGUUUCGAUGAAGGCGCCGAAAACUACAUCACCGGAGUUAACAGCUGAAGAUCUUUUGAAAAAUAUCAAGGAGAACAUUCACCUAAUUAAGUACAGAGAAAUUCCGUGAAUAAAUAUUACGAGUUGUCCCUCCUUUUUGUGAAGUUCGUCGCGUGAGUCAAAAAGUAAAAAAAAAAAAAUUUGCGAAAAAGGAAAUUGAUGCUAGGGUGCCGCGCGGAACUCUGGGAGUCUCCCCUAAUUCCCUGCGCGAAGCGACGGACUUCGCCGGAAAGAAAGGACUGCUCGCAGCCCACUGUGAAUGCCAACAGACUUGUACUUUUGCUCACAUUUUUACCGUCCACGGUCAAGAAUAUAAGAUGUGCGAAGAAUUUAGGAGGUGAAGAAGAUUCAAGCCAAAUGCAGUGGAAGUGAUGGAUAUUUUGUAUAAACUUUUUUAAGAAACUUGGGAAGAUUUACUCUUAAAUCCCAGACCUUAUAAAUAAUAAACACAGAUAAAGUUUUGGAAA